CCCUGGCCCCGCCCCUCAGGCCCCGCCCCGUCAUGGCGCUGGCCGCGCUGCAGCGCGAUCCCGCGGCCGGGGGCCGCUUCGCCUCCGCCGUGCCCGGCCCGAGCCGCCGCCAGCCCUGCGCGCUCGGCGUGGACGAGGCGGGGCGGGGCCCGGUGCUCGGCCCCAUGGUGUACGCCAUCUGCUACUGCCCGCUGGAGCGGCUGCCGGAGCUGGAGGCCCUGGGGGUCGCAGACUCGAAGACGCUGUCGGAGGCGGAGCGGGAGCGGCGCUUCGUGCUGGAGGGGGCGGGGGGCUGGCUGGGGUGGGCGCUGCAGGUGCUGCCCCCCGCCCACAUCUCGGCCUGCAUGCUGCAGCGGGCCAAGUACAACCUGAACGAGCUGAGCCAGGACACGGCGGCCGAGCUGGUGCAGUUCGCGCUCGACUCGGGGGUGCAGGUGGCACAGGUGCUGGUGGACACGGUGGCCGCGGGGCCGUACGAGGCGCGGCUGCGGCGCCGCUUCCCGGGGCUGGCGGUCACCGUGCGCGCCAAGGCCGACGCGCUCUUCCCCGUGGUCAGCGCCGCCAGCAUCUGCGCCAAGGUCGCCCGCGACCGACGCCGUGCUCCACUGGAACUUCGUGGAGGACCUGGGGGACCCCGACCGCGACUACGGCUCCGGAUACCCCAACGACCCCAAGACCAAGGAGUGGCUGAGGAGGAACCUGGAGCCGGUGUUCGGCUUCCCGCAGCUCGUGCGCUUCAGCUGGGCCACGGCCCGGGGGCUGCUGGACACCCGGGGGGUCCCGGUGCAGUGGGCUGACGAGGACCCCCCGGCCGAGCCCCCCUCGCUGCUCUCCCUCUUCGCCCGGAGCCCCCCCCGGCGCCCCCCCCCACCGCUUCUUCCAGGAGCGCAGCCUGCGCCCCCUGGCGGGGCUGUGACCCCCCCGCCGCGGGGAGGACCCCCCCCAAAUGGGGACCCCCGGGGUGGGCGGCGACCCCGGACGUUGUUUUGUAAUAAAAGAUUUCAAACCCC